GAAAUCUUUUAUAUUGGUGAUUAUAAGAAUGGAUAGAAAAUAGGGUAAUGGAAUAUUCAUAAUUGGUAUAACAAAUCCAUGUAUUAUUUACAUCAUAAACUUUUAAGUGGUGGUGGAGAAUUUUAAGAAGGAGUGAAGAAUGGAUAAUGGAUUGAACUGCAUGAUAAUUGGCAUUAAAAGUUCUUAUUCUUUUUUAUUUAGGUGGCCAUAAAUAUCUUAUCAUGGUAGUUAUUAAAAUGGAAAAAAAAAUGGAAAAUGGGAUACUUAUGAUAAUUAUAAUGGAACAGAUAAAUAUAUGUUAAAUUUUAAUAUUAUAAGAAGUGGUGGUGGGUAAUUUUAAGGAGGAAUUAAAGAUGGAAUAUGGAUAGAUGUGCAUGAUGAUUGGCGUCCAGGGUAUUUAAUAAAUUUAAUUAAUAGUUGGAGAUAAAUCAUUUAUCAUGGUGAGUAUUAGAUGGGCAAAAAAAUUGGAACAUGGAAAAUCUUAGAGAACCCAGAUAAAUAAAUGUAAAAAUUUAGAAUAUCAUAAAUUUUAAAGUGGUGGAGGAGAUUAUAAUGAAUAUGGAAUGAAGAAUGGUAAAUGGUUUGAACCUGAUGAAAAAUGGGAUAAAAAGUAUUUUAAUAAUUAUAAAAUCAAUAGAAAUUUGGAAUUCAUUUAUGAAGGUGAAUAUAAGAAUGGUUUAAAAAUCGGUUAAUGGAAUCGUAUAGAUAAUUUGAAUGGGAUAAAUAAUAGUUUAUAUGAACAUUAUAGCGAAGAUGGAUUCUUCAUAGAAAAUGAAUUAUGA